AGCGCCUUUGUGAGCGGCCGAUCCCCUGACGUCGGACAGUCGUGGCAGCAUCGCCUCUGUUCGCGGCCGGCUCCUGCGAUGGGCCUGGUCGGGGCGCUGGGCGUCCAGCCCUGCCGCGCGCUGGCGGCCGCGCCGCUGGGCGGCGCCGCAGGUGGCUCGGGCCAGCGCGGCGACGAGCUGCCCCGGCGCCGCUGCGCUCUGGCUGCCACCGCCCCGCGUUCGUGGACAGCACCUCGGCCGCCCGCCAGCGGGGCCAGGCCUCACGGGGGAGUGGCCUCCGCGACCCGCCUCCACCUCGCGCUCUGCUGCGCGCCGGCCCUGGUGGCGGGCCGCGGCGCCGCCCGCGUCGCAGCAGGGUCGCGACUGCCCUGCCGGCCCGCUCGCAGGCGGGGGUGCAGACGGUACAGGGUGACCGCGGAAGACCUGCCCGUGCCGGGGUUCCUGCAGGAGGCCCGGGGGCAGGGCUCCGUCGCCGUCGCGGUGACGGGCGGCCCUGGCGUCGGCAAGUCCACCUGGAUAAACACGCUGCGCCGCCUCCCCUCCGCGCACCCGGACGCGGCGCUCACCGGCGUGAACGACGCCAGGCUGGGGCCGCAGAUGUACCGGCUGUGGAAGGCGGUGGUGGCCGGCGAGGGCGCGACCGGCAGCGGGCCCGGGGCCGGCGCGGUUGCGCUGGGCAACGUGGUCGACGUCAUCUCCAGUGGGCCGUCCGACUGGCAGGUGAGGCCGCCAGGCGGCGCCACCGAGCGGGUGGACGCCGCCCGCGUCCGGGGCGUGGUGGUCGAUUGCCACCUCUGGGAUCUCCCCGGCGCCGGCACCCCCGGCUACCCGCAGGAGGGGUACGUGCCUCGCAUGGGGCUGGCGCACUUCGACCUCGUGGUCAUCGUCACCGCGUCGCGCUUCACGGAGCCAGAGUUGUUGCUGGCCACGGAGCUCAGACGGCUGGGCGUGCCUUUUUGCCUGAUACGCAACAAGGUCGACCUCGACACGGAGGCCGAGCUGGAGAGCCUAGAGGACUGCGGCGACGAGGCGACCGAGGAGUGGCGCGAGAUGGUCGAAGAGAGGACGCUGGACCGCAUCCGGAGGAGCUUCUUCCACGGCCAGGCGCUCGAGGGCCUCGACAGCACGACCCCCGUCUACUGCAUCAGCUCUCGGCUGCGACUCAGGGACCGCUUCGACUUUGAGCGGCUGGAGGAGGACAUGGAGGCGGUGGUGUGUGGCCGCUCUUCCUUCCACGGAAACACCCCGCGCUCGGGGUCCGCGGCGGCAGACGAGGCGUUUCUUGACGAAGGAGGGCGACCGGAUCCUUACAAGGUGCUGGGAGUACCCUUUGGGGCAGGCCCCAGCCAGAUCAGGGCAGUGGCCAGGAAAGCCUUCCUCACGGCCAGCAAAGUGUACCACCCCGACAAGAAUGGCGGCCGGCUCCUUGAGGAGUGGUCCAGGGCCGAGGAGGCCUACAGGCUCCUCAAGGACCCAGUCGCUCGAGCCGACUACCUCAGAGAGCGCUUCCUGUCGAGCUUCACCCUCCUGCUCCAGGGGGCCGUGAAGUUCGGCUUCUCGCUCUGGCGCGCUUUGCUCGAGGCGACGCUGCAGCGCGACGCGGCGGCGGGCGGGCGGGUUUGACGCCGGCGCGGCGCGGCGCGGCGGCGGCCACCGUGCCCCCCCCCCUCGUCCUCGUCCUUCUCUGCUUUCCACCUUCCUCCACCUCUCCCUCCGCUUUGCUGCCCCGCCCCUCGUCCCGAGACCUCGGUGUCCCAGGCUCUCCCCACGCCAGUCCCGCCUCCUCCCUGCUGCGCGUGAUCGCGCCGAGCUUCUGAAGGGGGGAGGUCCCACGGCCGGCUGUUUGGGGCCGAAGCCCGCGCUGGCCGAGCGGAUUUUCCAAGUAGGAUUUUCGUAGGCGCCGCUGCAACACGCAAUCGUGGUGCCCGUGCGGCGAGCAGUUUCGGCAGGGAGUUCCGAGGGCGCCGCUGCAGCAUCGACCCGUGAUGCCCCCUGCGGUGGAUCAGGAGGAAAAAAAA